ACCGGCACACGAACGCACAGGCUCUGGCCAGAGCGCCCUUGGUGUCAGUAGCCCGGCUCCCGCGUCCACUCCGGCUGUCGUGCAGCCUCAGCACCUGUCGGUCGGUGUGUCCCGGAGCCGGUGCCCCUGACUCCGUCAGGGCCAGGGAAGGCCAUGGUUUCCCUGCCCGGGUCCCCGGCGACCAGCUUGCUUCGGUUUUUGUUCCUGGGGCUGACCACCCUCGCACCCCCAUCGCGGGCCCAGCUGGAGCUGCACGUGCCCCCUGGACUGACCAAGCUGCAGGCGGUAGAGGGAGCAGAAGUGGUGCUCCCCGUGUGGUACACACUGCAAGGGGAGGUGUCUUCGACCAAGCCCAAGCCUUGGGAGGUGCUCACCCUGAUGUGGUUCUUAGAGGAAGAGAAGGGUCUGAUGGAGCAGGUGUUGUCGCACAUCAGUGGGGUCACCUCUAGCAAAACUGGAGCCUCCCUGGUCUACUCCAUGCCCUCCCGGAAUGUGUCCCUGCGGCUCCAGGGCCUGAAGGAGAAAGACUCUGGGCCCUACCUCUGUUCUGUGAAUGUGCAAGCCAGUCAAGGCAAAGAGAGCAGAGUUCACAGCAGCAGAACGUUAGAACUCAAUGUGCUGGUUCCUCCAGCUCCUCCAUCCUGCCACCUCCGGGGCGUGCCCCGCGUGGGGACCAACGUGACCCUGGGCUGCCAGUCCCCAAGGAGCAAGCCUGCUGCCCAAUACCAGUGGGUGCGGUCGCCCCCAUCCUCCCAGGUUUUCUUUGCACCAGCUUUAGAUGCCAUCCGUGGGUCUUUAAGCCUCAAAAACCUUUCCAUUUCCAUGUCCGGAGUGUAUAUUUGCAAGGCCCACAAUGAGGUGGGCAGUGCCCAGUGCAAUGUGACCCUGGAAGUGAGCACAGGCCAUGGGGCUACGGUGGUUGCUGGAGCUGUGGUGGGCACCCUGGUUGGACUGGGGCUGCUGGCAGUGCUGGUCAUCCUGUACCAUCGCCGGGCCAAGGCCCUAGAGGAGCCGGCCAACGAUAUCAAGGAGGACGCCAUCGCUCCCCGGACCCUGCCCUGGCCCAAGGGAUCAGACACAAUCUCCAAGAAUGGGACCCUUUCCUCUGUCACCUCAGCGCGAGCCCUCCGGCUGCCUCGAGGCACCCCCAGGCCUGGUGCAUUGACCCCCACACCCAGCCUCUCCAGUCAGGUCCCGCCCUCCCCAGGGCUGCCCAGGACAGAUGGGGCCCACCCUCAACCAAUAUCCCAUAACCCUGCUGGGGUCUCUUCCUCUGCUCUGAGCCGCAUGGGUGCUGUCCCCGUGAUGGUGCCCGCCCAGAGUCAGGCUGGGUCUCUGGUGUGAUGGCUUGGCCCCUCGCUGGCUAAGCCAUCUGGUUUCUCUCCUUCCUGUAGGGGACAUCCCCAGCACAGAGGCCUGAGUCUUGGCAGGGUGGCCACAUUCAGGGUGGCCUCUGCCCACACCUUUCUUUACUAUGGGGAAACUGAAUCUCAGUUAAGACCCAAAUUUCCAGGACAUAGGAGAACAGGAAGCGGGCCUGGGAUUCAGAAAAGCCUCCACCCCCUUCCUGGGCCUUCUCUCUCUGAGACUGGAGUGGAAUGCUGCUGAGAAUGCUACCACCCCCCUAGCCCCCCGGGGCCAGGAAGGGCCUGCCAGCCAAGCCCUCCAGGCCCCCCUGGCCUGGACCCCACCCCAUCUAACACCAUUCUUCACUCCUACUCCAGCUCCCUGCGUUAAUAUAACCUGUCCUGCUGGCCUGGUUGGGUUUGGGGGCGAGGGAUAAGUACGGUAUUUUUUAAACUAACUUGAAAUGCAUGAUUUUGCUUUUAUUUAGCAAACUUCAAUAAAGAUACAUUGUGUUUGUA